CCACGCUGCGCGUCUGCGCAGUGCUGGAGAAGCGAGGGUAGCAGCGGCGGUCUGCGUCCGAUUGUGUCGCCGGUACGAGCAACUUUGUUGAUUCCUUGUGCGCUUAAUUUAUGUGCCCGAAGUCAUUGUCCACUUAUGAUGCCGACGUUUAAAAGCCUGUAGUGAGAAUCACGUGCAGGGGGUGCGAAGUACAAGUUUAGCGCUUUAGCACUGUUGACAGCGCAGUAGGGCCUAGAACACGGCCGCGUCCAUGUCUGCGAAGGACUUGUUUACACGCUAUUGAAAGCACUGUUCGUGGAAUCUGCAGCUGCUUCGUCGCCGUUGCGAUAUUGGCGUAAAACAUUUCGUUUAUUACGUGCGAACAUUCUACCGACUUCCUGGUAAUUUAGUCAUUUCCGACGCUUCCUAGUGUUACCGCGGGCGUUCAUUCUACAAUCCGGUUGGUGGCCUGCGCAUCUCCUCUCAUCUUUCGAGUGCAACUCUUCGAGGUACCCGGCAGUUCUGCGAGCGAUGGAGUCUCCAGCGAAGGCGAGCACGGUCACCACGAAGGCGAGCACGGUCAACGGCACGCCACAAAAGGCCACCAAGCAUCAAGGCACGAGGCUGGAAACCGACGUCGAAGGUAAUGGCUAUGGCCGCGCAGAAACGAUUGAAGAUAUUAUAUCAGAGUUGAACGCCACGGCUAAGAGAGACACCUCGCUGGCUGAAGCAUUCGACGAUGUGAUAUUGAACGAUGACGGGCAACAAUCCCUCGAUGCCCUGGACCAGUGCGAUCCCAUUACUGAUGCGAAGGAUUCAUUAUCCGGCAGUGGAGACGGCGGCGAAGUGUGCAGCACGCCGGCUUCCGCGCGUGAAGAAGCCAAGUCAGCGGUUGUAUUGACAGACGAUUCCGCCCCCGCAGAAGGUGAUGGCACUGCGGUGUCCAGUGCAAGCGAAAUCGAUUCUCAGGGUGCCAGCAAAGUAGUAAAAGCCGCCAAUGGCGACAGCGAUCAGCCUUUAGAAAGCCAGGAAGUGACGGAGUGCACAGACACUCUUGAAACUGACGCUGAAGAGAAAUUUGUUAACGAAUGUACCGAAAACGAGGCAGCUGAUUUCUCAAACGUGACAGAUGCGGAUGAUUGUUCAGGCGAGGUUAUUACUGGUGACAUAAAGGCACCAGAUCAGGCUGUAAUGUCGCCCCGAAGAACUGCCCGUCAGAGGACGGCUAGUCUAAAGGUGACAGAAAAUGCCGCCGUCACUCCCAGGCGCAAGACUCGUCAUGGCAGUGAAGCCUCUGAUGCAUCCCCUGUCGAUCCAUCAUCCAAAAAGCAAGAAUUGAAAGAGGGCUGUGUUACGUCAGACAGCGAAGUUGAUGCUCCCCUGUCGACGAGGAAGCUCAGAAAGCCAAGUGCAGAGGGUGGUGGCACCAAGGUUACAGCGAAAGCCAAGAGGCUCACUUCAGACAGUGAUGGUGACACCAAGGUUACAGCGAAAGCCAAGAGGCUUACUUCAGACAGUGAUGGUGACACCCCUCUUGCAAAAAUGAAGCGUAAGCCCAAACUUGCAAAAAAAGUUGCUUCAGAAAGCGAAGGUGACAGCAGCAUUCCUGCAAUAGUGAAGCGCAGCCCCAAACUUGCAAAAAGGCUUGCUUCAGAUAGUGAAGGUGACAGCCCUCUUGUUAAAAGGAAGCGCAAUCCCAGACUUGCAAACAGGCUUAGUUCGGAGAGUGAUAGCAGCAGCAUGCUAGCAAAAAGAAAGGGCAUUGUUAAAGUUCUUCUGAAGAAAAUGCCACAGCACAGUGAAACGAAGGAAGGUGAUGCACAGUCUGUGGAGCCUCCUAGUAAGAAGAAACCGAGAAAAAGCCUGAUGAAAGAGCUCACAGAAGAUAAAGGAACCAUGAAAAGUAACGACCGGAAAGAUUUGCAAAGUUCUGAGCAGAGCAGCACCAAAAGGGGCAAGCCCAUGGACAGUGAAAUGGUGCAAAACUUGGCAAGCAAGGCUAAGAGGAUAGCUUUUCAUGUAGAAGAAUGCCCUGUGAACAACAGCAUCAUGUCUGCCAAACACAGCUCUGAUGAAGGGAAUGAGGACUCCUGCAGGGUGCCCAAGCCAAAAAAGGUGAAAGACAAGGCUGGCAGUGGCAUGGAACGUACUUUGGACAGCAGGGGUGCAGAGUCUACUGUGGUCAGCAAAAAGAACAGAGCUUUGGAACCUAAGGAUAGUUCUGUAGGUCUGAAUGCGGGCAACACUGCUGCCACUAGAGUCACUCGUGCAGAUGAGAGAGCGAAUCAUUUCACUGUGUCGAACACCUUUGCUCAAUCAGCUGAAGGUGCGCAAUUGUCGCCACACCACUUCAGAGCCUCUGAUCGUCACCUGCAGAAAUGCAUCCAACUGAGCGUUAGAAAAUGCGAGCCAUCUGUCAGACCAUCCUAUCUGACCAUUGAAGUUCCAUCAGUUACCGCAGGGAGGAUGUGGGGCCCUACUUUCAGUCGCCAAAGGCCAACCGUUGUAUUUGGUGGAUGUGACCCUCUGAAUACAUACGUAAAUGUGCACGGUGUUCGUGUUCCACUACAUCAGUGGCAAAAGGUGUCGAAUAUCACCCCAACCAUUCGCCUUGCAGACAUAUUUCGGUGCUUCAAGCAUAUGUGAACUUGAAUGUUUACUCCACAGUGAAUACCUCCAUGUUGCUUCAUUUCUUUUACAGUAUGUUAUUGUUGUUUAUGCAUGACAUCCGCAUUUCUUAUGACUUGCUUUUGCACAUCAUCACUGUUGACAUGACAUUGG